GGGGCCGGAUCUCAGUCUCCGUACUUACGCCCAGCUGGAACUUCCCUGGUUGUUGUCGGUUGGGGGAGGGGAGCCGAGUGUUUUAGUCGUUUAGAUAUCGGUGUAUGAUACCCGCUGCCCUGUGGCCCCGAGUACCCCUGGCUGUCUGUAACCUGAGGACCCCUACUUGAAUGUUAUCUAAGGGCCCUUUGCCUGUCUGGGACAACACCUAGGGACUUUGUGUGGCUUUCACCAGUGGACCUUUUGCUUUGCUGUGACCCAAGGGCCUUUUUCCUGCCUGUUACUUGGGGACCCUCUGGCGCUUUACCUGCCUGUGACAUGGGGACCCUCUGGCACUUUACCUGCCUGUGACCUGGGGACCCUCUGGCGCUUUACCUGCCUGUGACCUGGGGACCCUCUGGCGCUUUACCUGCCUGUGACCUGGGGACCCUCUGGCCCUUUACCUGCCUGUGACCUGGGGACCCUCUGGCGCUUUACCUGCCUGUGACCUGGGGACGUUCUGGCCCUUUACCUGCCUGUGACCUGGGGACCCUCUGGCCCUUUACCUGCCUGUGACCUGGGGACCCUUUACCUGCGUGUGACCUGGGGACCCUCUGGCGCUUUACCUGCCUGUGACCUGGGGACCCUCUGGCGCUUUACCUGCCUGUGACCUGGGGAUGUUCUGUGUAUGAUCAUCUGCCUCUGCAAUCUGUGGAUGCUCAGACAACUGUGACUGACAUUUUACCUGUUUGUUGCACGGGGUCCCUAUGCGUGUGACUUGUGGAUUAUCUGACAGGCUGUGACAGUAACACUUUCACUGCCUGUGACUUGGGGACCCUCUUUGUGUGACCUCUAGAUCCUGUGACAGGUUUAUGAUAUGUGUGUGUCACUUGGGACCCUUUGCUUGGCAGAUGGAAUUAUAAAAACCAUGAUAAUGAAAGAGUGUGAGACUCCCUGAGACCUACAGGUGCCCUGAUCAGCUGAGUUCUGGGACCCGAAGUGGGACAUUGCAACGUAUACUACAGUCAUCAGUGGACCAGCUGCUUUAUGUAUUGGGUUGACCAGCCAUCCAUAUUUCUCUUUUGGUCAGUAUUUUCACACAUCCAUGAUGUCUAAGUUUGAUAUGAAGAAUCAAGGCUCAGAGGAGGGUCAAUGUGACUCAGGAAUUGCAGAGUCAGUGCAGUCUCUAACUUAUGAUGGGCUGUCUCAGCUUUCAUCCCUGCCCAAGGUUUAUGAGCCUCAACCGACUGGAUGCAGCCCUCAGAAGCCAGAUUUUUCUGAAGGCAAAGUCUCUGAAGCUCCUGAGUUAGAGAGGAUUGACUCCGCAUAUGGGUCAUCUUCCAUCACUGAGCCAUUACUGGACAGCUGCUUGCCUCACAGGAAGCCCCAGGAGGCCGAGCGCCUGAGCUCGCAGGAGGCCGAGCUCCUGAGCUCGCAGGAGGUCGAACAAGUGAUUAACUCUUCAGAGAGUAAACAACUGGAGGCUGGAAGACUGAGCACAGAGGAAAUGGAAGCCCUUGCCUACUUGUCUGAAGAAGGGGACACGUAAGUUCUAAACCUUACUACAGAAGCUGUACUCCCGGUAGGGUGGCAUCUGGUUCCAGUAUAUAAAUAGUGCUCUAUCUACCCAUAGGUAGGCAGCCUAGAAUAAGGAUACUACUGUACACCUUCAUGUGUUCACCUAUUUC